AUGGACAUCAUCUAUGAUCUCAUUGAAGAGGCCAAGCUCCGUCUUCUCUGGUGGGCUCUUUGUAUAUUCGCCAUUUCCUAUUUCUUCACUCAUACAAGUAAAUCUAUGUGGAUGAAUCUUCCCAUGUCCAUUCUGUUUGUUGCUGCUCUGCGCAUUCUUUUGAAUAAGGUGGAAUUCCGUUGGAAGGUUCAGCCACACAGAUUACAGACUUACCUAUCUCAUUUGGAGAAAAAUCAGUUGUCUCUGAAUGAUGAACGACUCUCUUCUUCACCUCCCCCUCCCAAAUGGAAGAAGAAGAUCGAUUCUCCUGUUGUAGAGGCAGCCUUGAAUGAUUUCAUUGAUCUGAUAUUGAAGGAUUUCGUGAUAAAUAUGUGGUAUUCAGACAUUACUCCAGAUAUGGAGUUUCCUGAGCUGAUACGAGACUUAAUCAUGGAUGCUAUUGCUGAAGUGUCAGUGAGGGUUAAAGAGAUAAACCUUGUUGACUUGCUCACAAGGGACAUAGUUGAUUUAAUAGGGGAUCAUAUAGACCUUUUCAGAAGAAAUCAAGCUGCUAUAGGUGUUGAUGUCAUGUUAACCUUAUCUUCUGAGGAGAGGGAUGAAAGAUUGAAGUACCAUCUUUUGAAUUCUAAGGAGCUUCAUCCAGCACUAAUAUCUCCAGAGAGUGAGUACAAGGUUCUCCAGAGGCUAAUGAGUGGAUUAUUAACUACAGUAUUGAGAAAACGAGAAGCUCAAUGUCCUGUCAUUCGAUGUAUAGCUCAGGAACUUUUAACUUGUUUGAUAUUGCAACCUGUCAUGAAUUUGGCAAGCCCUGCGUAUAUCAAUGAGCUGAUUGAAUCUCUUCUACUUGUCCUUAAUGAUGAUGGUGUAAAUUGGAUGGGGGCCACUGAACAUUCAACCAAUACAACUCAUAAUCAUGGUCAUUCUGGUGCUGGGGGUGGACAUGAUAAUCAUACUGCCUCUGCUGAUUGGGCACAAAUGUUGGAGGCUGCAACUCAGAGAAGAACUGAAGUUCUUACGCCUGAGAAUCUGGAGAACAUGUGGGCAAAAGGAAGGAAUUAUAGACGGAAAGAACAUAAAAAUUCAAAAACUGGCUUACAGGACUCUUCUAUGAAAUGUUCUGCUGCUGAUGCAAUUCCAGAAGUAAAGGGUGUUAUGCAUUGUGUGGGUUCAGAUCCACUCCUAGAUGUUGUAGGCACAAACAAGUCAGAGUCUUUACCUGAUCCUGACAAGGAAUUAUCUUUUGAAGCAGACCCUCACGGUGAUGAAGUGAAGGAAAUCAAGGAGUUCACUUGUAACAAAUAUAAAGAUCUAAAGAGAUCCAACAGUGCUUCUCUGUUAGUUAACCAAACUCAUCUUAAGGUAGGGUCCCCAAAGGGGUCCCCAAGGUCAGAUCUCAACAACCCAGAAUUUGAGAAAAACAAUGAAGGAUUUCGGGGAAAGGUUGGUUCUGACAUGGUUUUUAGAAGAGAGGGACAUUUUGUUCCAAAGCUUCGGUGUCGGGUGAUGGGAGCAUAUUUUGAGAAACUAGGAUCCACUUCUUUUGCUGUCUAUUCAAUUGCAGUGACUGAUGGUCUAGAGAAAACUUGGUUUGUUAGAAGAAGAUACAGGAAUUUUGAGCGAUUGCAUCGACAUCUAAAAGAUAUACCCAAUUACAUGUUACAUUUGCCUCCCAAAAGGAUAUUUUCCUCAAGCACAGAGGAUGCCUUUGUUUAUCAGCGUUGCAUUCAGUUUGAUAAAUAUCUCCAGGAUCUCCUAUCAAUAGCUAAUAUUGCUGAACAACAUGAAGUGUGGGACUUUUUGAGUGUUUCCUCAAAGAACUACUCUUUUGGAAAAUCUUCUUCAAUGAUGAGGACCCUAGCAGUCAAUGUAGAUGAUGCUGUGGACGAUAUUGUGAGACAAUUUAAAGGUGUUUCAGAUGGUUUAAUUCGAAAAGUUGUUGGUUCAUCAUCCCCUACUAUUGAGGGUUCUUCUACAUCAACUAGUCGGAACACGUGUUGGAACAUUGAUGAAAUGGAAAAAAGAGUUUCAAGGCCUACCACAGAGUGUGUGUUAAGCUCUGAUAAUGAGGAAGGCGAAAAGGAAGUUAAUUUUGGUGAUGAGAAUAUUGAUAAAGAAGCAGAAGAUAAUGAGUGGAAUUCUGACAAUGAAUUGAGCUCAAAGGAUUAUUUACAACUGCUAAUGAACCAUGGUAAUGAGUCUAUUAACUCGAAUCCAGAUAGAAAACAUGAUGCAACAAUGGAAGUUAAGGCUGGAAAGGAUGUUCCAGCUACAAAUUUCAAUCUAGUUCCUGAUUAUAUGGAGGAUCCAGUUGGAGUUCCACCUGAGUGGACCCCACCUAAUGUGACUGUCCCUAUUUUGAAUUUGGUUGACAACGUAUUUCAACUUAAGAAACGAGGCUGGUUAAGAAGACAGGUCUUCUGGAUUUCAAAACAAAUAUUACAGGUGGUGAUGGAAGAUGCUAUUGAUGAUUGGAUCCUAAGUGAGAUUCACUGGCUCCGCAGAGAGGAUACCAUUGCCCAAGGGAUUCGGUGGGUCCAAGAUAUCCUUUGGCCAGGUGGUACAUUUUUUCUGAGAGUACAGACCCCUCAGGUGUUAAUUGGUGGCAGUGCAUGUGAUCAAAAGCCUUUACCAAGCAUAAUUGAAUCUGUUGGAAGCAGGUUGUCCAAAUCACAGUCAGGAUCUUUCGAGCUACAGCUUGAGGCUACUCGUAGAGCAAGUGAUGUGAAGAAACUUCUCUUUGAUGGAGCUCCGGCAGCUUUAGUUGGCUUCAUUGGUCAGAAGCAGUACAGACGUUGUGCCAGUGAUAUAUAUUACUUUACUCAGUCUUCUAUAUGUGUGAAGCAACUUGCUUAUGCAAUACUUGAACUUCUACUCAUAUCCAUCUUCCCUGAGUUGCGGAAUGUUGUUGUUAGUAUUCAUGAGAACAUCAACCUGUAUAAAGCUCCUUAA